CAUCUGAACGCGCUCCUUGAGUUUGACGUGACAGCUUGACAUUUGACUGUUUUUCUUCUUCCUCUUUUUUUGUUCAUUUCGAUGUUGACGAAUUGACAUUGAUAGAUUUUGAGAAAAAUGAAAAAUGGUAUAUUGGAAAUGUCGAUAUUCAAAUAAACAGCCGGUAAUGGCUGAAAUACUUACGUAAAUUUAUAAAUAUUCUAUCAAAAGACUAAUUUUUCAUUUUAUUUAUAUAUAUUAUUUUCAUUUUAUCUCUAGUCGCCCCGAUAAUUCCAGAUUUCGGUUUCAAGACACGUAGUCAACAUAUUUUCGAGUGUGUGAUAAUUAUGGUGAUUUUUCUUUCGACUAUUUAGUUUAGGUAAUACAUAUUUACUUUACAAAUAUGUUGCCUCUUUCACACAAAGACAAUUAUCAGUCAUAUUCGAGAGGAUUUGGAUCGAGAUUAAAAGAAAAAAUUAAUGGUUGGAUUCGACUAAUUUUUUCAGACAGAAAUUCAAGGAACUUAUUUUUAUUUUUAAUUCUUAACUUAUCAUUCGCCUUUGUAGAAUUAUUCUAUGGAGUUUGGAGUAAUAGUUUAGGUUUAAUAUCAGAUUCCUUCCAUAUGUUUUUUGAUUGUACUGGCCUUCUAGCUGGAUUAGUAGCAUCUGUAAUUACGAAAUGGAAAGCCAAUGACAAAUAUUCUUAUGGCUAUGUAAGAGCAGAAAUAUUGGCUGGGUUUGUCAAUGGAUUGUUUUUGCUAUUCAUUUCAUUCUUUUUGAUGUCUGAAGCUGUGGAAAGGGCUAUUGAACCUCCUGAGGUUAAACAUGAAAGACUGUUUAUAGUCUCAGUCUUGGGAUUAUUAGUAAAUUUAGUAGGUAUUUAUGCCUUCCAGCAUGGCCAUGGUCACUCACAUGGAGGAGGAUCCCAUGGUCAUUCUCAUGGAGGAACGAAUCAAGGACAUUCCCACUCAAAUAAUCAUCACCACUCCCAUGAUAUAGAAUUCGAUCAUGGGAAUUCACAGAUAAUGAAAGGAGUAUUCCUCCAUAUUUUAGCAGAUACCUUAGGAAGUGUAGGAGUGAUAAUCUCAGCAGUACUGAUGAAUAUGUUUGGAUGGAUGAUCGCAGAUCCAAUUUGUUCCAUGUUUAUUGCUUUAUUGAUAGCUCUGAGCGUGCUAGCUCUAAUAAAAGAUUCUGUUAUGAUUUUAAUGCAGAGGCAGCCUGUAGCUCUGGAUAAUGUUUUGCCUCAAUGUUACCAGAAAGUUGUGAGUUUAGCUGGAGUGUACUCAGUACAGGAGCCUCAUUUUUGGACUUUGUGCAGUGAAUUUUAUACUGGUGCUAUAAAAUUAGAAGUAUCGAAAACUGUGGAUCCUAAGUAUGUCGUGUCUCAUACACAAAUGAUUUUUGCCUCUGUAGGUGUCAGGCAGUUAUAUGUUCAGUUAGACUAUACACCAAUGUGAUAUAACUUCAUUGUUCUAUUAAAUAGAAGAAACUAGAAGUAAUUAAAUUGAUUGAAAGAACAUGAAUUUUAUAAUUUUUUUAUAAUAAUUUUGUUUUUGAAAUAUAUUUUAACCAUAGGAAGGGUAUAUAUUUAUUAUUAAGUUACAAAUGUAUUUCAUAUUGCUUUUUGGGUAUAAAUAUCAAUUUGAAAUAUCUUUGAUUUUAUUUAGAACUUUAUACAGGAUGAAUUUUAAGUUAAUACAUUUUUUUAACUGUGUAUAGAAGUCAUUAAAAUAAACAAAUGAUUUUCCUGUAGUUAUGUACACUUUUCUUUGACUUACAUUUAUUAAUUUAUCUUCCUAAUUUUUAAGUUUUUUUUUUAAAUGUAUUUUAAUGGCUUCUAUUCUAUAUACAGUUAAAAAAGUAUCAUAUUAGGAUUCACCCUGUACAGUGCAUACCUACAUAAAGGAUGGAACCCAGAACUUUUUUUUUGAUUCUGUAUGAUGUAAAUCUAAUUAAUAAAUUCAUUAUUUAAACAUA